AUGAAGCUGCGGCAAACUGCACAGAUGCAGCAACAAGCCAGCAUGAUGCAGCAGCUGCGUACCUUCUGGAUGGAAGACUACUUGUGCGACGUGAUGUUCAAGAGCCGCGAUGGGCAGCAGCACAAGGGCCAUCGGAUCAUCAUCUCUUCAGCCUCUGAGGCGCUGCGAGCCCUGCUGGGCAGCACCUUCGCGGAGUCCGAGUUGAUCAAGAAGGGGGAGCCGGUGAAGAUCGCGGCCUCCGCGAGUGUGGUCGAGGCCCUGCUGGACUACGUCUAUGGAGGAGAGCCAGAGGUGGCCACGGUCGAUUCCAUGGAACUGCUCCGCUUGGCGAGCGCCUAUGGACUUCAAUUCCUGGCCGCCUCCAUCGAGGCAGAACUUUUGGAAGAUUUGCAAGGCAGCGAAGCCUUGCAGCUCUUUCAGCAGGCGCACACCUUUGGCUUCCAUCGCCUGGAACGCGCCUGCGAGGAGCACAUCGCUCGAGACUUCCAACGAACCACGGACAAACCGCAGUUCCUGGAGCUUUCGGCUGUGCAACUGGGCCGGAUCCUGAGAAGGGAGGAUCUUCAGGUGCCGCGGGAGGAGCUUGUCUUCCAGGCACUGCUGAAAUGGCAUCGAUCAGAUCCUCAGGAGCGGACGCCAUUCUUAGGGCUGUUGAUGCAAUGCGUGGAUCUGCCAGCCUUGUCAAUGAGCAACCUGGAACAGGUUGGCCUCUUUGCAGAAUCCCUGGGACCAGACGGGGCGGACCUCUGUUGCGACUUGGAUUCGGCCCUGCUGCUGCACCGCAGCGGCCGUGUGUUUCCCAAGCGGCGCUGCUUGUGCUUUUGGCUUCCGCAGCUGGGGGCGGAUGUAACGGACCUGGUUUCCCAAGGCCAGAAAGUGGCAUCCUUCCGUGGUUACGCGGACACCUUGUGCUUGCGGCAGGGGACAAUGUAUGUGAACCUGCGCCGCACAGGGCAGGUUGCCUCUUGGGCGCCUGGCGCGGCCGAUUGUAAACUGGUCGCGGGUCGAGGAUCUGGAGUUCAGGGCUUCAAUGAGAUCAGCCACAACUUCACCAUUGCUGUGUCCCCUCACGGCGAAGUCGUGGUGGGCGACUUCGACGAGAACAGGCUUGUUUCUUUUCAGAAUGGCACUGGACAUGUCUUGCUGGAGAUUUCGGAUUCCGCGGACAUGUGCUACUCGCCCAGCGGGCAGCUCUACAUCCUGGACGAUGGUGGAAAGCGAGUGCGGAAGCUGUUGGAUGGUGGGCUCAGCAGUGUCAUCGAGAGCCAUUUGUGCCCUCAGGAAAAGUUUGAAGGCAACUACCUCUUCGUAUCCAAGGAGGAGGUGGUCUAUGUCAGUAGCGACAGCCGCAUCUUGCGCUUCGCGCCCGGCGAGCAAGCGCCAUCCGCGGUCGUGGACCGUACAGAGGAGGAGGGCGUUUUCUGCAGCUUCUGUGUGGAGCAGCAGCAGAUCUUCGUGGUGGAAAAUGAUCGAAAACAGAUCAGCACCUACUUCCCCGGUCACCAGGACGGGUACGUCUUCUUGAACGAUGCCGCUCUGGGGGCUCACGAAGAGUUCGAAGAUCUCAAAGUCCUCGAUGGGUGGCUCUACGUCUUACAGUACGAUGACACCACUGCGACCUCGGUCGUGAAGCGCUAUCCCCUGCAGCCGCCCAACUUCCGCUUGAAAGCCUUCGAGGCCGGUCGAAGUGCCUCGAAGGCCUUCGGCCGGGUGAGGCGCCUGGUGCUGCAGACGAGGGAGAAGCGGAGCUGGAGUCAGCUGCAGCAACUCUUGCGGAAGAGACGCGGCGAGAUGGACUACACGGAAGUACCACGCAAGCGUCUGCACACCAAGCAAGGUGGCAGCAGUGAGAAAGCUCUUCGCAGUCUUCGAUCAUGUGCGUGUGAGGGGACCCCAAGCUUGAUACAGAGCAGCUGA